GCUGGGGGCGGCGCGGCGGGGUCGGCGGGGCGCGGCGGGGCUGACUGGCCCCGAUGAGGCGGAAGGAGAAGCGGCUUCUGCAGGCGGUGGCGCUGGUGUUGGCGGCCCUGGUCCUUCUGCCCAACGUGGGGCUCUGGGCGCUGUACCGCGAGCGGCAGUCCGACGGCACCCCCGGGGGAUCAGGGGCGGCGGUGGCCCCAGCGGCCGGGCAGGGCCCACACAAUCAGCAAAAGAAGACAUUUUUCUUGGGAGAUGGGCAAAAGCUGAAGGACUGGCAUGACAAAGAAGCCAUCAGGAGGGACGCUCAGCGCGUAGGAAAUGGAGAACAAGGGAGACCUUACCCCAUGACCGAUGCUGAGAGAGUGGAUCAGGCGUACCGAGAAAAUGGAUUUAACAUCUACGUCAGUGAUAAAAUCUCCCUGAAUCGCUCUCUCCCUGAUAUUCGGCACCCAAACUGCAAGAGCAAACGCUACCUGGAGACACUCCCCAACACCAGCAUCAUCAUCCCCUUCCACAACGAGGGCUGGUCCUCUCUCCUCCGUACUGUGCACAGUGUGCUGAACCGCUCGCCCCCGGAGCUGAUCGCCGAGAUUGUGCUGGUCGACGACUUCAGUGAUCGAGAACACCUAAAGAAGCCACUUGAAGACUACAUGGCCCUUUUCCCCAGCGUGAGGAUUCUCCGAACCAAGAAACGGGAAGGGCUGAUAAGGACCCGGAUGUUGGGGGCCUCAGCAGCAACUGGGGAUGUCAUCACAUUCUUGGACUCACACUGUGAAGCCAAUGUCAACUGGCUGCCCCCUUUGCUUGACCGCAUCGCUCGGAACCGCAAGACCAUUGUGUGCCCGAUGAUUGAUGUGAUUGACCACGACGACUUUCGGUACGAGACACAGGCAGGGGAUGCCAUGCGGGGUGCCUUUGACUGGGAGAUGUACUAUAAGCGGAUCCCGAUCCCUCCUGAACUGCAGAAAGCUGACCCCAGCGACCCAUUUGAGUCUCCCGUGAUGGCCGGUGGACUGUUCGCCGUGGAUCGGAAAUGGUUCUGGGAACUGGGCGGGUACGACCCGGGCCUGGAGAUCUGGGGAGGGGAGCAGUACGAAAUCUCGUUCAAGGUGUGGAUGUGCGGGGGCCGCAUGGAGGACAUUCCCUGCUCCAGGGUGGGCCAUAUCUACAGGAAGUACGUGCCCUACAAGGUCCCUGCUGGAGUAAGCCUGGCCCGGAACCUGAAGCGCGUGGCGGAAGUGUGGAUGGACGAGUACGCCGAGCACAUUUACCAGCGCCGCCCCGAGUACCGCCACCUCUCUGCCGGGGACGUGGCCGCCCAGAAGAAGCAACGCAGCAGCCUUAACUGCAAGACUUUCAGGUGGUUUAUGACCAAGAUCGCCUGGGACCUGCCCAAGUUCUACCCGCCCGUGGAGCCCCCAGCCGCGGCCUGGGGGGAGAUCCGCAAUGUGGGUACGGGGCUGUGCGCAGACACGAAGCACGGGGCCGUGGGCUCCCUGCUGAGGCUGGAGAGCUGCGUCCGGGGCCGAGGGGAGGCCGCGUGGAACAACAUGCAGGUGUUCACCUUCACCUGGAGAGAGGACAUCCGGCCUGGAGACCCCCAGCACACCAAGAAGUUCUGCUUCGACGCCGUCUCCCACACCAGCCCAGUCACCCUCUAUGACUGCCACAGCAUGAAGGGCAACCAGCUGUGGAAAUACCGCAAAGACAAGACCCUGUACCACCCCAUCAGCGGCAGUUGUGUGGACUGUAGUGAAAGUGACCGCAGGAUCUUCAUGAACACCUGUAACCCCUCCUCUCUCACCCAGCAGUGGCUGUUUGAACACACCAACGCAACAGUCUUGGAAAAAUUCAAUAGGAACUGAGCCCCCACGUCCCCUUGGCAGGCCUGGCGGGGUCCUCUCCAGCACUCACUGCAGCCUUCAUCUCCCGAGGGAGGCAGGGCUUCCGUGGGCACCGUGAUGUCAAAGGUGCCGGCCAACUGGUCCAGGGCGAAGGGGGCUCUGGAGGCUGGAGCAAGGUGUCUGCCUGUCCUGGAGGCCCUGAGCUGCGGAGGUGGGGUGGAGAGCAGACCCCACAAGAGGCCGCAUGCGAGAACAGAGCCUGCUUUAACCCUGGUGGCAUCACGCGAAUCCAGGAGGGCCUUUUCAGCUUUGUCGCCAUGUUCCCUUGAGCAUUAUGCAGGAGGAACGUCAGGGCAGCCCUAGGCCACCCAAAAAUGCUCCUACAGGUUGUCUGGCUUUCAGAUGGCUCAUAUAUGACGGUCCUUUAGAAAAAGAGGCAAAUUUGCCUGUUUGGGGCAGCUUUGAGCACCUGUGCCAUCCAUCUGGAGCAGAAGGAAAGGAAGUUUUUUUCGGGGCCACUGGUUUCAGCCUUUUAGUUUUUGCCUGUCGUGGGGUCACUGCAAUUACUGCCGAGCUUCUGUUCUCUGUCACAGCCCCAGGCCAUGCAGUCGAAGGCCACACCUGGGGCCCUCGGAGUGUUCAGUGCUGAUCGCUAGCCAACUGCCAGGCCUGGGGCCAGAAGCGGGACCCCCAGACAUUCCUGUGCAGCCGUGGACACACGGGAUGUCUCCUCUUGCUCUCCACGUACUUGAAACGCCCAUUUUCGUGCUCUCUGGCCACAAGCACAGCCCAGCCACCAGCCAUUCGGGGCUGUGUUUCAGGUGGCCUUGGGCCCAUGGUAAAGGCCUAGUAGAAGACCUCCAAACUAUAAGUUCUGGCCAAAUUUCCCUGACUGAUCAGUGCUUCCAUUUCCCUCUCUCUCUCUCAGGCAAUUACCUGCCUCAGGAGAGGAAGAGAGGUGGAGGUGCUCACCUCACAGAAUCUGGGGGACUCCUGGGUGGACCAUGGGCGAGAUGCGUAGCCUCUGACCUCAUCACGGUUCUAGUUCUCAUGUAAAACUCCAGAAUUUUUAAAGAACUCUAGAAUUUGAUCACAAACUAGAGUAUACAUAGGAUUCUGGUAUUCUAGCAUCCAGUAUGGAUUUCUAGAAUGCUAUGAUUAUAGGAGCCAGCCAAAUGUAAUACAUUCAAGGCAGCCCCCAGCCUAGAGACAAUCUGUGAAAUCCAAGGUUGGUGGUGUUGGGGGGAGGGGGCGGGGGACCUGUGUCCAUCAGCUCGCACUGGAAGCCUUGGUACCACACGGUCCUCAGGGCAGACCUGACGCCCUGCAACCUCCCACCAUCAGCACAGCUGCAGUGGAGAAAAGAACCCCGUGUCCCACGAACAGAUGUACACCCAGCUCCAUGCCAGUCCUUCAUGUUUACCUUUUGCUUUGUUAAUUGUGUGUCAGACUCCUAGAGGGUUCCCAGACUAAUGGGAAGCAUUUCUGUAACCAAUCUGCUCCCCCAGAUUCAGAAAUGGAAAUCGCGUUCUACAACCUAUGGCUUCCACCAGCUAGCCCAGGAAAUACUUGAAAUCAGUAGUCCAAUUAGAGCUGGGUUUCUCGAUUGUGUCGUUUACCAGUUAAAUAACUGAGACAUAAAUCUGGGAACAGAACCACGAAUCUGCCUUUGAGAUGCUGGCUGAUCUCAAGGCCAUCAAUUUUCUGGGGGAGAAAUAAACACUCCCAACUACUACCACUCCAGUUAAGCGUGUAGCUGGCAAAGCGUCACUUCCACUUCUGCCCCAGCACAAGCCCUGCUCUGGCCACCUGCCCACAGGAGAGGUGGCCCCUGUGCUUGCAAAGCUUGCUUGUUGAUCCCUCAUGUCUUUUCCAAAUGAGUGCUCUGUCUUUAGAAGUGGCCCUCUGUAGGAAGGAGUCAAAAGAUGAGGCCCCUUCCAGAAUCUAGGAUAAUAAGAACGUUGCAAUUUGGAGAGUUGAGUUAGGAUUCAUCAUCAGAGAGCAAUGCAGCAUCAUUAAAAUAAAAACUGUGCCUUUUAAAAAGAAAAAAAUGCAAAUGUACAGCAAAUCCCUAAACUUGAACCAUUUCCUAGUGCCUUGCUAGAUAAACAUAAAGGGGCAGGUUUGGGGGGAGGGAAAACGUGUUUGGUGGUGUGUGCACUUCCUGUUGGAUGAGUGUGUGUUUCUUAAUGUCUAAUUUCAGGCAGGAGACGUUGGUCCUAGAGCAGGAUCUGAGACAGGGAUGCCCCCCAAGAGCCAGAAGCCAGAAGUUGUUCCAGUUAUUGCAAGGAACAUUCCAAAUUUAAAAGGGCAGCUGGACAACUCGUUUAGUCCGUGGACUAGAAAGACCUCAGCAGCCCCUGGGAGAGGACUCUGUGUGGAAGGAAGCCAUGCCUGCAGUGCCCCUCCCGGCCUCCAGAUGGAGUGUGGGGCACUGGCUAGAUUGCCAAAUGGUCCCACUCCAAGUGGGUGACAGUAGUGUUCUCGGCAGGACCAUGCUGAGAGCUGAGAGACCAGCUCGGCAGGACUCGUGCUGAAAGCAGGAGCAGCAGCAGGCAGUCCUCGGCCUUCCUCUUCCGCAUCCUUUCGUUCUCCUUUAGAAUCUGGUUUUGCACCCUCCACAGGGAUGGGCGGGUCCUCUGAGCACUCUGGCAUUUGUAAUUGCUGAGCCCACCUGUGUAAGUGCUGGGACUUGACAAAGUGUGUAAUGGGGGAGGGAAGGAGAGAAGUUCAUCGCUUAGCUGACCAACUAACUGAUUGCCAGUACUGGCCACUCAUUGUUUUGGCCUCAUUUUGAAAACCACCUGUCUCAAGGAUUUGGGUUCCUGCUCACAUCCCCAGCUGAUGCUCAGUAAAACAGCCAGGAGCCUGUGGGGGUGCUGUCAGCCAGGUCCUGGGUGAGAACAUGGACCCCUUUUCCUCUAAAGCCUUUUUCUGAGCAUGAGGUCACAAAGCACAGUGUGGACCGGGUGGCCCACCAGCAGCCUUUCCAAAGGGGGACUCCAGAAACAUUUCAGAAUGCCAAGAGCAUCUUUGCCCUAAGUACAAGGCCUUUGGGAGUGGCUAAAUGUGCAGGCACAUGUGUGAAAAGCCAUUCCACCUCCAAUUGGAGCUUUCAAGUUUUAGAACAGCCCAGGAACUGUUGAUUCUCCCCUUUAGGAAGAAAUAGCUCAGAGGCAGAAGGGAGUCCAUCCACAGGAAAGGUCUCACGGGGAUGUGAUGUUAGGUCCAGGGGAGAAAGAGCAGGUCUUGGUGAAGAUGUAGCGUAUGGAUUCCCAAAGUCCACAUUAUAUUCACUUUUCAAACCUCCUACCUGUUGAAUUUCUCUUUCUUCUUAAGAAAUAGGUGAUGUUCUUGAAAGUGGCUCCGUAUUUCUUACUGUGCAUCUCCAUCUUACUAGUCUCUGGAGUCUCAAAAGAGUGGCAAAGCACCUUUCAGUAAUGGCUGAGAGAUGUGGUUUCCUUGCUUCAAUGGUCUGUAGUUUGUACAGAUUGCGUAAUCUUUUCUAAUUCCCAGGAGGCAAUGCAUUUUUAAUGUUUUCUGAAGAUGAGUAAGUGUGGGAGAGGGGCAAGGAGUCCAGUUCUGUUCAGAAUUCUGCUUUCAACUGAAGCUCUUUGUGAAAAUCCAAGUAAUGUUUUAGUUCAAACUUGAUCUUGAGCCAAGGCCACUGCCCCCUCUGGGGUGGGAGUUGGACCUACAUUCCAAGUGACAAGGUCCUCUUAACAUCUGCCCCCAAAAUGGUUUUGAUUCAGCUGAGCCAGGCGACAGGGUUGGGCUCCUGCUCCGUUAUUGGCUUGAAGACUGGGAUCCCAAAGGGAUUACAGGCAGGCAAGAUUUGAGAAGUCAGACUGGGAUUCCAUAGAGAAAGCUCAAGACCACCAGCCUCUCUUCUCCUGCCUGGAAAAGUGAGCCUUUGUGAAGAACUGACUUACCAUGUACAAUUGUGACUGUGAUUGUUGUUGAGUAAACCUCCAGACUUUCUCUAA